UUUUUUGGCUCAGAACACCGUUGGAGGAUUAAGACCCUCUCAAAGAGUGUUAAUGCGAGUCCUGAAGGCAACACAUAGAUCCCAUCUUGGCAGAACUGGGGUGUUCAUGAGUUUUUUGGGGAUCUUUGGGGGUGUGGGUCAUUAUUUUGGGGUCCAAAGUGUCAGUUUUUAACCCAAAUCCAUAUUUUUUGGCCCAGAACACCAUUGGAGGACCUAGAACCUCUCUAACUAUCCUCAUACCAACUCCUGAAGGCAAUAAACUGACCCCAUUUUGGCACAGUUUGGGUGUUUUUGAGGUUUUGGUGGCAAGUGUUCUCACCAUCCCUAUUUUGGGGCCCAGUGCUCCAUUUUGUACUUAAAAAUCUCUUCUGGGUCCAAACCCCCCGGAUUUUCAGCAUUCGGAGCCCAAUGUUGAGGGCUCAGAUCCUCAUUUCUUGGUCCAAAACCCUCAUUUUUCCACUCAGGUUCUCAUUUCGAGGCCACGCAGCCCUAUUUCUGCCUCCAAAUUCGCCUUUUUCAGCACAGUUUUUAAUCGGAAAAGUUUAAAAAUCGUGAUUUUCCGAACCUGGAGUCUUACCAGGUUGAGAGAGAGACGGAAACACCCGAGCGCUGCCGGAGAUACCCGAGCACAGCAGCCGUUGUAGGGGCGGAGAGAGCCGAGCGUUGCAGGAAGUGCCCGAGCGGCGCCGGAAGUACCCGAGCUCAACGCCGGAACUUGCCGAAGAGUUCCGAAGCUUCGGAACUUCCUCAGGAGCUCUCCGAGACCUCCGAAGGCCUUUAGGACCCCCUCCAGAACCCUUUAGAACUCUCAUACAGCCCCCCAGAGCCCCAUAGAACCCUUCAGAUUCCCUAACCUCCCCCCUCGUCCCCCCAGGGUCUCCUAAGAAACCCCCCAGCCCCCCCCAAUUCCCUAUAGCUGACACAAGGACCCCCUCCCCCCCCAUGACCCCAUUGAGCCCCCUCGGAACCCCAUAGUUCCUUCGCAAAUCCCUUUGCUUACCCUCUGGAUCCCCACCCCCCUCCGAAGGCCUUUCCCCGUCGCUAGGCCUCACGGUUGCUAAGCAACCGGCAGAGGCGGACGCCACUUCCGGGCUCACUUCCGGUCGCGUCGCUACGGCAACCAAAGAUGGCGGUGUUGGAGGAGGAGAGUUCCUCCCUGUGGCUGGCGGCGCAUGAUGACGUCAUGUCCGGGCUGCGCACGUUCAGCACGUGUAUGGCGCUGGCGGACCUUCAUGGCGAUGGGGACCACAAGCUGGUGCUGGGGAUCCCUUUUGGUGCGGGGGGGGGCCCAGAGCUGGCCGUGCUGAGCGGUUCGGGCCCCCCCCGGCGCCACCCCCUCCCCGAAGCCCCCUCAGCUCUGGAGGUGUUUUAUGGGGGUCCCACUUUUGGGUGUGGGGGCUCAUUUUCCACCGGGGGGGGGUCAUCCUUAGGGGGUGCCCCCCCACCCCCGGCUCUGCUGGUGGUUGCUGCGGGGGGGGCACUUUAUGUCUACCGCAAUCUGAGGCCCUUCUAUAAGUGUGCGUUGCCGCCCCCCGGGCCCCCCCACGAGGUCGAGGCUGAACUGUGGGCACAGGCAGCACAGGUGGGGGGGGAAUAAAUA